UACUAAGAACAAUUAACUUGAACAAAAUGGAUCAACGCUUUGUGUGUAUUUUGAUUAUUUCCUUCAUAGGAAAUAGCAUUUUGGGGAUUUCGGAGGCGCAAACCUUUACUGCCGAGGAUCGCAGCUCUAUACAGAAGUUUAUGGAUCAAUUAAUUAAUUUCCUUGAAUUGGAAUCCAGUAAUGUUACCACAAUUAGCACAUUAGCACCUUCUUCUAACGAAACCAGCGUGGGGACUACCACAUUGCCAUCAGGAAAUUCCACAGAUGUAACAACAGAAGUUUCGGAAGCAACGAGCAUUUUGGAUAGCUCCAGCACCAUCAGUUUAAACUCCACAACGGUGGCUAAUGUCUCCACAACCACUGAAUCCAAUCCAACGACCGUGAGACGAAGGAUUUGCUUCAAGCGUUUCUGCUAUAAAUUCAGCAACGAUAAGGGAUAUAUAGUUUAGUUUCAAUAAAAUCAUAGAUAUCGAA